AUGACGCCAACUAAACGCCCCCCUCAUAGUUUGUUUUAUGUUGAUGAAGUGCCGAUUAGGGUUUACAAGAACAGCGAGAGUAGAAAUAUCCCAUGCCCGAAGCUUCAGCCGAUGGGAGUUUAUUCAACUUUGUGGGAGGCUGAUGAUUGGGCAGCAAGGGGAGGUUUAGAGAAAAUCGACUGGACCAAAGCUCCAUUCAUAGCUUGUUACAAGGACUUCGACGUCGAUGGAUGUCCAGUUCCGGGAUCGGCCGCAAGCGAUGGGAACCGGUGGGAGGGCACCGCUUAUCAAGCCCUUAACGCCAUGGAAGCUAGGCGAUACCGGUGGGUUUGUAUGAACCACAUAAUCUACUAUUACCGCACCGACAAGUCAAGAUACCCGGUUACCCCACCGGAGGGCACGGCCGGAAGCUAA